AUGAAACCAUACCUCCUACUUUUGUCACUGAUUUGCUUGCUUUUCCUUUCUCGCAUUAUUUCUCCUCCUUCGCUUUGUCUUGUGUUGCCGCUGCUGCUGCUCAGUAACUGCUGCUCUGACGGCUUUCUCUUAUGUACUAUCUAUCUAUCUAUCUAUCUAUCCAUCUAUCUCUCGGUUUGUUCAUAUCGUUCUAUUCGUUCUAUCUAUAGUCUGUCUAUCUAUCUAUCUAUCUAUCUCAAUCUGCUUAUAUCUAUCUAUAUAUCUCUAUCUCAAUCUGCUCAUAUCUAUUCAUAUUUCCUCAUUCGUUUUUCUUUACACCUCUAUACAUUCCUUUUUUUCUCUCUCUCUCUCUCUCUCUCUCUCUCUCUCUCUCGCUCUCUCUUCACACAUUUUCUUUCUUUAAUGUCUUUUCUUUUCUUCACGCUUACCCUUGGUUCCACCCGCUUUCUCCCUCUCUCUCUCUCUCUCUCUCUCUCUCUCUCUCAAUCUUCCCAAAACCUGUCUCUCUUUCUUUCUUUCUUUCUCUCCUUUUCUUUCUUUCUUUCUUUUUCUCACUCUCGCUCAGAGAGAAGCCGGCUUAGUGGCAAUACAACAAAAUAUUCGUCUGUUUUUCUUUCUCUUUCGUUAUCUAUCUAUCUAUCUAUCUAUCUGACACACCCACCGAUAAAGUACAAGGGAGAGACACAUAUACGUUGUGAUCUCUCCAUCUAUCCCUCUUCUCUCUCUCUCUCUUUCUCUCUCUCUCUCUUUCUAUUGACCAUCUCACAUUCACAAGUGUGA